AUGGCUUUCGCCGACCUCCUUGAGCAGGUGGGCGGCACAGGACGCUUCCAGGCCCUGCAUGUUAGCCUCCUCUGCAUGCCCAUCCUCAUGAUGGCAAGCCACAACCUGCUGCAGAACUUUGUGGCUGCGGUGCCCCCUCACUACUGCAGCACCCACAGAAACCAGUCUCUGUCUGCGUUGAGCCCAGAGGAAAUGCUGACGGUCACGGUACCGUUAGAUGGGACUGGAAAGCCUGAGAGGUGCCGGCGUUAUGUGGCACCACAGUGGCACCUCCUGGUUAAGAAUGGGUCCUCCAGUUCAGACAUGGCGCGAGCCACCCAGGAGCACCCUGAGGCCGACUUGCAGGGCUGCACAGAUGGGUGGUCUUAUAACAUGACUGAAAUGUCCUCCACGAUCAUAUCUGAGUGGCAUUUGGUGUGUGAUCUCCGCUCUUUGAAGCAGAUGGGACAAACCAUAUAUAUGGGAGGUGUACUUGUGGGAGCCAUGGUCUUCGGAGGUCUGUCGGACAGGUUCGGUCGACGUAUCCUGCUGAUAAUCUCUAACCUGCUGUUGGCGGUGGGAGGGACGUGCACUGCCUUCUGUACCUCAUUUACCUUCUUCUGCCUUUUUCGAUUCAUUUGUGGGCUGGCUCUGUCCGGCCUCGUGCUCAACACAUUCUCCCUCAUUGUGGAGUGGAUUCCGACCCAUGUGCGAACGGUGGUGGGCACAGGCACGGGGUACUGUUACACGAUGGGGCAGAUGAUUCUGGCAGUGGUUGCCUACUACAUCCGGGACUGGCGCUGGCUAACGCUGGCCGUCUCCUUGCCUUUCUAUGUCUCUUUCCUGUACUCAUGGUGGUAUCUUGAAUCUGCAAGAUGGUUAGUCCUGAAUAAAAAGUCUGAGCAAGCUGUCAAAAAUCUUAAAGCUGUGGCCCGCUUUAACAGGCAUCAUGAAGAGGGAGACAAAAUUGACAUUAAAAUGCUGCAGGAGUCAAUGAAGAAGGAGGUGGCCUGUUCACAGGGCAGUUAUUCGGCUUUGGACCUGCUCCGCACCCCCAUUAUGAGAAACAUGACAGCUUGCCUCAGUAUUGUUUGGUUUUCAACCAGUUUUGCCUAUUACGGCCUUUCUAUGGAUCUGCAAAAGUUUGGAGUGAACAUCUACUUAAUUCAAGUGAUCUUCGGAGCUGUUGACAUCCCUGCUAAAGUAGUCGUAACGGUGUCUAUGAGUUUUGCUGGGCGGCGGCCAUCACAAUGUGGUGCACUCAUCCUGUCUGGAGUCACCAUUUUGAUCAACCUGUUAGUGCCUUAUGAUAAACAGAUUGUACGUACCUGCUUAGCUGUGCUGGGUAAAGGUUGCCUUGCGGCCUCCUUCAACUGCUGCUACCUGUAUUCUGGGGAGCUGUAUCCCACUGUCAUUCGACAGAACGGCAUGGGUUGGGUGUCCAUGAUGGCACGCCUAGGGGCCAUGGUUGCACCUAUGGUGCUUCUCCUCGGGGACUAUGUAGCAUGGCUGCCAGGUUUAAUCUAUGGAGGGACACCGAUCCUGAGUGGGAUUGCUGCAGUAUUUCUACCUGAGACACUUGGUGCAGCUCUCCCUGACACGAUCCAAGACGUGGAGGAAAGGGGAUAUGGGAAAACCUCUAAAACUUUGCCAAAGGAAGCAGUAUUCCUGCAGGACACCCACGAUAACUUAAUAAAGCAAGCUGCCUGA